UGCACACACACUUGCACGCUGAAAGGAGGCAGGACCUGGGCCGCUUCAAUUAGACACUCCUGCAGCGGCUCCCCGGCGUGGACGUUUUUGCAAUACUUCAUCACAGCCUCCUUGGAUUCUCCUCAUGUGGCGUCUCCUUUGCGCAUAGAGCCAACGCUACUGAGGUGCCUGCGCGGGUGUGUGAGCAUAUUCAGCUUUUCCCGGAGAUGAAGACAAACGCCCGGUGAAUGGGAAACAUCAACACGGAGGAGGCAGCGCUACCUUCCCCCCAUCUCGACAGGCACGCUCGCCCUUUCCGUCGGCGAGAUUUGCGCACACGUAACCUGAGCCGGUGUCUGCGCUCUGCGGGGCCGGGCGCGCGUCGUCUGGGAGGAGUGUAGGGAAGGAUGGAAGCGUUUUUCACGGAGGGAGCCCGUGUUUGGGUCCGGGAGAAGGAGCAGCUCGUUCCCGCCACUGUAAACUCCUGUGGAGAUGGAACCCUUGUGGUCACAACUGACUAUGGCGAGGUGUUGUACCUGCAGACGGCCGAGGUCACCAGGGAGCGGGUGUACGCCAUGCACCAGUCCAGCAUCGACGGGGUGGAGGACAUGUCAGCGCUGGCCGAGCUGCACGAGGCCGCCAUCAUGCACAACCUGUACCAGCGCUACCAGAAGGAUAACAUCUAUACGAACAUCGGCAGCAUCCUGGCGGCCGUCAACCCUUACAAGCAGGUCCCCGCUAUGUACGACCCAGAGCGGGUGGACCUCUACUCCAAGCACCACCUAGGGGAGCUGCCGCCGCACAUCUUUGCCGUGGCCAACGAAUGCUACCGCUGCAUCUGGAAACGUGCAGACAGCCAGUGCGUCCUCAUCAGUGGUGAAUCGGGCGCAGGGAAGACGGAGAGCACUAAACUGUUGCUGCAGUUCCUGUCGGUGAUGAGCCAGAAAUCAGGAGGAACUCCUGCUACAGAGAAAACCACACGUGUGGAGCAGGCCAUCGUCCAGAGCAGUCCCAUCAUGGAAGCGUUCGGAAACGCAAAGACCGUUUACAACAACAACUCCAGUCGCUUCGGGAAGUUCAUCCAGCUUCACUUCUCUGAGUGCGGCAACAUCCAGGGAGGCUGCGUCAUCGACUAUUUAUUGGAAAAGAACCGUGUGGUACGACAGAACCCGGGAGAGAGAAACUACCACAUCUUCUACGCUCUGUUGGCGGGAGCUACCAAAGAGCAUAAAAGCCUCUACUUCCUGGAAGAGCCUGCGGAAUCUUUCCACUACCUCAGACAAUCAGGAUGUCUGAAGGACAAGAGCCUGAAUGACAAGGAACUGUUCAACAGUGUCAUGGAGGCGCUCAAAGUGUUGGAGUUCUCGGAGGAGGAGAUCAGAGACAUGUUCAAGCUGCUGUCAGGAGUCCUGCAGCUGGGAAACAUCGAGUUCAUGACGGCAGGAGGAGCCCAGAUCACCACCAAGCAAGUGGCCACUAAUGCCAGUGAGCUGCUGGGCCUGGACACCUUCCAGCUCUCCGAGGUCCUGACUCAGAGAUCCAUAAUCCUCAGAGGAGAGGAAAUCUGCUCCCCUCUCACUAUAGAGCAGGCUGUAGAUUCCCGGGACUCGGUUGCCAUGGCCCUUUAUUCCCAGUGUUUUUCCUGGAUCAUCCUGAAGAUCAAUCAGAAAAUCAAAGGGAAGGAAAACUUCAAAUCCAUCGGCAUCCUCGACAUCUUCGGCUUCGAGAACUUUCAGGUGAAUCGAUUCGAGCAGUUUAACAUCAACUACGCCAACGAGAAGCUUCAGGAGUACUUUAACAAGCACAUCUUCUCUCUGGAGCAGCUGGAGUACAACAGGGAGGGCGUUCAGUGGGACGCCAUCGACUGGAUGGACAAUGCAGAGUGUCUCGACCUCAUAGAGAAAAAACUGGGUUUACUGGCACUGGUGAAUGAAGAGAGUCGAUUCCCCAAAGGAACCGAUUUCACUCUGCUGGAAAAGCUGCACAGCCGACACGCUACAAACCCUUACUAUGUGAAGCCCAGACUCGCUGAUCAUCAGUUUGGUAUCAAACAUUAUGCGGGGGAGGUCUUGUAUGAUGCUAAAGGAAUCCUGGAGAAGAACAGGGACACCUUCAGAGACGACAUCUUAAACAUGCUGAAGGACAGCAGACUGGACUUCAUCUAUGACUUGUUUGAGAAAGUUGGCAGCAGGAACAACGAGGAGAAGAUGGGAACAGCCAGACGUAAACCCACAGUCAGCUCCCAGUUCAGGGACUCCCUCCAUGCUCUCAUGGCCCUUCUGAGUGUGUCCAACCCUUUCUUCAUCCGCUGCAUUAAACCCAACAUGGAGAAGAAUCCAAAUGUGUUCGACCCGGAGGUCGUCCUGAACCAGCUGAGGUAUUCUGGGAUGCUGGAGACUGUGAAGAUCCGUCGUGCCGGGUUCCCCGUCCGCAGAACUUUCAAAGAAUUUUUCUCUCGGUAUAAGAUCAUGCUGAAAGAAAAAGUAGCAACAGCUGGAGACGAUAAAAAGAGGAGCACAGACAUUCUCCUUAAAUAUGACAAGACCAAAAAGGAGUGGCAGUUCGGCAAGACCAAGGUGUUUUUGAAAGAGUGUCUGGAGCAGCGUUUAGAGAAAGACCGGGAUGAAAUCCGACGCCAAGCUGCUAUGAUAGUCCGAGCUCACCUUCUCACUUUCUCUGCCAAGAAGCACUUCAAGCGUGUGCGUGCCGGCGUCCUCACCCUCCAGAAACACUUCAGAAAGCACCUCCAGCGCAGACGAUUCGUGAAGCAGCGCAAGGCAGCCCUGGUGCUGCAGAAACACAGGCGAGGUCAGGUGGCGCGCACCCGUGUUCGAAAACUCAAAGAGGAGAAGAGGAAGAGGGAGGAAGCGCAGAGGAAGAAGGAGGCGGGGGAGGAGGACAAGAAGUCAAUUGGUGAAGGGCAGCAGGAGGAAGAGGGUGAAGGAUCUGAGGACAAAGACAAAUCGGCAGAGGCAAGUGCUGAAUCUUUGUGUUCUCAGGGAUAAUACAGCUCUUUGUGCUUCCUUUGAUUUUCAGAAUAAAGCAAAUGUGGCCUGAAUUUUCCCCUCUCCGUCUCUUCUCGUCUUUAGGAAGACACCCGGCAGAUGGAAGAGAUCCUGCAGCUUGAGCGGGAGAUCGAGCGCCUGCAGAAGAAGAGAGAGGACGAGGUGUCGCAGCUAUGCGAGUCCUCCAAACAGGAGCUGCAGAUGCGCCGCGAUGCUGAGAUCAAACGGAUGAAGAAGGAGGCGUCUCGCAAGGCCACGGAGCUCAUCGACCUCCUGAACUUCGGAGGCGUGGAUCCUUCGCUGGCAGGGGCCGGAGCGAAGCCUGCUGCUGAGGCCAAGUCUCCCAACGGUGCAAGUGCAGCUCCAGGUACAUCCAAAGAGGAGGAGGUAGACGAGGGCUUCCACGCCGAGGAGGAGUGCAUCCCUCUCCCUGACUUCCCUCCUCCUGCAGAGACAGAUGCUCCCUUGGAUCAGGACAUGUUUGCCCAACUUCCUCCUCCACCACCUGCCUUCGCUGAGGGGACAGUUCCUCCUGCACCACCUCCUCCACCUCCUCUGCCCACAGAUGAUGUUCUUGCUGAUGGAAUUCCUCCCCCUCCGCCUCUCCCACCACCUGGAGAUGACUCCAUCGUCCCUCCAGCUCCACCACCACCACCACCAGCACACCGACCUCCCUCGGGAGAAGGGGAAAAGAAGGAGGCGGCCAAGGGGGAGUCGGAAAGGAAGGUCAGCAUGGUGGAGAGCCUGGACGGCGAGGAGCCCAUCUACAGCAUGCCGGCCGACACAGAGUCAGAUUAUGACCAGGAGGAGGAGGAGGGGUCCGUCACGGCCGGAGACGACAGCUCCGUGUCCGGCAGCAACAGAGGAAGCGCCGCCCCGGCAGACGAGGAGCACCCGAGGAAGUCGACGUGCACCAACGCCAGCAUCGAGUCCUACAGAGGCAGCUCCGACUCUUACGCUGACAGUGAUGAUGAGCAUGAUGGGAUGAUGGACACUGAUGAAGAAGUGACAAACGGCCGAGUGUUGUUGCUUAAUGGUAAUGGUCCUCCGUAUUUCCACGGCUACCUCUACAUGAAGGCUGGCCUGAUGAUCCCGUGGCGGAGGCGCUGGUGUGUGUUGAAGGAUGAAACCUUCAUGUGGUUCCGCUCCAAACAAGAGUCGCUGAAGUCCGGCUGGCUCUACAAGAAGGGAGGAGGCCUCUCCACUCUCUCACGGAGGUUAAACUGGAAGAUGCGCUGGUUUGUACUGAGGGACAAUAAACUGAUGUACUACGAGAACGACAGCGAGGAGAAGCUGAAGGGAACCAUCGACAUCCGGGCUGCAAAGGAGAUCAUGGAUAACCAUGAAAAGGAGAACGCUCUGAACAUCGUGACGGACGAGCGGACCUAUCAGGUGUUUGCUGAGUCACCAGAGGAUGCAAGUGGCUGGUUUAAUAUCUUCAGUAAGGUGCGUGUGUGCACUCCGGAGCAGCUGAUGGAGAUGUCCCAUGAACAGGCCAACCCAAAGAACGCUGUGGGAACUCUUGACGUUGGGCUGAUUGACUCAGUUUGUGCAUCAGACAACCCUGAUCGGCCCAACUCUUUUGUCAUCAUCACUGCAAAUCGUGUGAUCCACUGCAACAGCGACACGCCAGAGGAGAUGCACCACUGGAUCAGUCUGCUGCAGAAACCAAAAGGAGACGCCAGGAUCGACGGGCAGGAGUUCCUCGUCAGAGGUUGGCUGCAGAAGGAGAUGAAGACGAACGCUAAGAGCACCUCCCUGAAGCUGAAGAAACGCUGGUUUGUUUUGACCCACAACUCGCUGGAUUACUACAAGAGCUCCGAGCGAAACUCCUCCAAGAUGGGAACUCUGGUCCUUAACUCCCUCUGCUCCAUCAUUCAGCCGGAUGAGCGGGUGCACCGGGAGACAGGUUACUGGAACAUCAUAGUGUACGGGAGGAAACAUUCUUACCGCCUCUACACCAAGAUGCUGAAUGAGGCCAUGAGGUGGACGGCUGCCAUACAGGGAGUCGUCGACACUAAGACGCCCAUCGAGACUCCAACACUGCAGCUCAUCAGAGACAUCAAGGAGAACAGUGUGAACCCAGACAUCGUGGAGCAGAUGUACAGGAGAAACCCCAUCCUCAGAUACACGCAGCAUCCUCUGCACUCCCCUCUGCUGCCGCUGCCCUAUGGGGAGGUCACCAGCCUCCACAGACAGCAGGGUUACGCCAGCCUGCAGGACGAGGCGGUGCGAGUGUUCAACUCGCUGCAGGAGAUGGAGACUCUGGCAGACACGGUGCCCAUCAUCCAGGGCAUCCUGCAGACCUGCCAGGACCUGCGGCCUCUCAGGGAUGAGGUAUAUUGUCAGGUGAUCAAGCAGACCAAUCACGUGUCUCAGCCUAACAGCCCAGCCAAUCGAGCACACUGGCACCUGCUCACGUGCAUGAGCUGCACCUUCCUGCCCAGUCGAGUCAUCAUCAGAUACCUCCGGUUCCACCUCAAGAGGGUACGCGAGCGCUUUUCCGGCACAGAGAUCGAGCGCUACGCCACUUUCAUUGGGGAAUCCUUAAAGAAGACCAAGUCUCGUGAGUUUGUUCCAUCCCAGGAAGAGAUCGCCGCCCUGCUGGUGAGACAGGAGAUGAGCACCACCGUGUACUGCCACGGAGGAGGCUCCUGCAAGAUCUCCAUCAAUUCACACACCACAGCUGGAGAGGUUGUGGAGAAGCUGAUCAGAGGUUUGGCCAUGGAGGAGAGCAAGAACCUGUUCUCCCUGUUUGAACACAACGCUGUCACAGACCGGGCUCUGGAGAGCAGGGUGAUCGUGGCAGACAUCCUGGCAAAGUUUGAAAGGUUGGCAGGAAGUGAAGAAGAGGAGGAGGAAGGAGAAUGGAAACUCUACUUCAAACUGUACUGCUUCUUGGAUGUGGAGAGCAUGCCCAAAGAGGGAGUGGAGUUUGCCUUCAUGUUUGAACAGGCUCACGAGUCUCUGAUAAGUGGUCACUUCCCGGGGUCAGAGGAGACUUUGCAGCACCUGGCGGCGCUACGUCUCCAGUAUCUCCACGUGGACGCGGCAGGUCGGGCCGGGUGGAGUCUGGGGACCGUCUAUCCGAUUGGACGUCUCCGCAAUCGCAUCCUCCACUCCACCAAGCCUGGCGUGGGGGCCGCAGGUGGAGCCGGAGCAGGCGGAGGAGCGGGAGACGGAAAGGGCCUGGUGGGAGGACCAGGAGGUGUCGGCCCCGCGAUCGAGAAACGAAAGACCCCAAGCUUUCUGGACGGGUCCCUGAGGAGGAGCUUCAAGACAGGGUCCCUGAAGAAGCAGAAGGUGGAGGAGGAGCAGAUGUUGGAGAUGUGGGUGAAGGAGGAGACGUCUGCUACACGGACCAGCGUCCUGGAGAAGUGGACCCGGUUGCAGGGAAUGCCGCAACACCAGGCCAUGCUGAAAUACAUGAGCAUCAUUAAGGAGUGGCCCGGAUAUGGAUCAACACUGUUCGACGUGGAGUGUAAAGAGGGCGGCUUCCCUCAUGAUCUGUGGUUGAGUGUGAGCGCUGACAACGUGUCUGUUUAUAAACGAGGUGAACCCAAACCUCUGGAGACCUUCCAGUACGAACACAUCACCUUCUUUGGAACUUCGCAGCCCUGCACCUACAAGAUCAUUGUGGACGAGAGGGAGAUUUUCUUUGAGACUCCUCUGGUCGGAGAGGUCACCAAGAUCAUGAGAGCCUACAUCAACAUGAUGGUGAAGAAACGUUGCAGCAUCAUGUCUGUGACCAGCGUCGGCAGUUCCUGGCUCAGGUGAUCGCCACCAACCAGCCGGAGCCCUCGGUUUGUCCAGUGUCGAUCAGAUGCCUCGACCUCCUUCGUUGGUUGGUUGGUUUUGGAUGGAGGUGGUCGCACCAACCAGCUAAACCUCAUGGUGGAGUCGAGAGUGAUGUGGAAGAGCUUCAGAAGCAUAACGGGUGGGGGGAAGUGGACACGGAGACCAAACGCACACUCUCUCCUGGCCUGGGGUUUCACUUGGGACAAGGGAACCGUUUGAUGAAUGAGCAUGACCAAGAAUUUCAAAUUACAUAACCCCCUCCCUCCAGUUGUAGUCCUGCAUGUAGGUGUUCAAGCACAAUCCAAACUUCUCUCUGGUUUUCAUUAACGGACAAACGAACCUCAGAAAUUUACAAGCACAACUCAGCCUGUCCCAGGUGCCCCCCCCCCAUGCACUGCCAGACAGAAGAAAAGCCACACGUCCUCACUUCAGUUCCUUUCUCACCCCUCCUCCCACGUCCAGAGUCUCUCUCUCUUUCUCUUCACGUGUCCUCACUUCCUGUUGCAUCCUUAUUUGCUGUCGGUGUUUCGUCACGAUGCUGAAUUCUUGUACUCGCUUGCUUUCUCUCCGUUCUCGUCUUUUUAACCGUGACAUCGUCUCGCCUCCACCACUUUGUGACUGAGAAAAAGGACUCCAUGAUGACCAAUCUUCUUCAGGGCUACUCGUCGGUGCCACUGUGUGGCAACAGGAGGUUUAUGCAGCCAAAUGAAGUGGCUUUAAAUAUUUCUGAACACUAUCAAAUCGAUGUUAUUGAGAAGAGAGAGUGCAGGUUUUGCUUCGGAGGCUCUGUAGUCACGUGACGCAGAGAGUCUGUGCAUGGUUAGAGCCUUGCGUUGCUCUAUAGAGAGAAUAUCAAGCAGAAUAUUAUGAGACAAAAUGUUUCCCUAUCUAUGUCUUCAUAUAACACAAGCAGCAUAAAUCUACUGUAUAUUCACAUACAUGUAAACAUUAACUGAUGUAUCGUUUUGUACUGUAUAUCACACAAUAUAAGAGUUAUUAUUGAAUUCCCAGUGGCCACUGCACUGUACAGUAAAUUGAGGAUGCCACACUAAAUGCAAUGUGACACCUCUCGAUGGUGUCACUCUCGAUGUAAGAUAUGGAUAAUGAAUGGUGUGACCGCUGUGUGUGUGAAUCAGAUGCCAAUACAUCCUUCACAUGCUGUGCCAUUAAUGUGACUCACUCACAGGCUAUUGACAUUUUAAAGUGUUUUAAUGGAUUCAUCAUCAGUGUUUUCUGUGGGAGUCGCUUCCGAGACAUCAAAUAAUGUAAAUCUGCGUCAGCUCGUUCUACUAAAUGCAUAAAAGCUCCAGAUUGUCUCUGUUUUCAACAAUGUCACUUUUACUACUGGUACUACUCUUAUUACCUUCCCCCCCGGCCGCUAUCUUAGCCACUCUGAAGUGCUGUGAGUGUGUGUGUGUGUGUGUGAGAGAGUGUAUUUAUGGUGUUAUCCAAAUUGUUGGAAAAGGACGGGCAAAUGAAAUAUGAGAAAAGAGAAAUAAUAUUACUGAGUGUAUUCCUUGGAAAUAGGACGUAUUUACAUGACUUACCUUUGCAAAGAACGGAGUCAUGCUUGUGAUUUAAGGGGAAAGCAUGGGCAUACAAGGGAGGGUUUAAGGGUAAUUUAUUUCUUAUUGUACCGUGUGUAUUGCAGUGGGUGUGUUUGGGAGGAUAACGUGUUGACAAUGUACUGGAAUUCUAUUUUAUUUGCGUCUCAGUGGAAACAAGGGAACAGAUAAAGACACUGUGAGGAACCGGGAUCUUGAAUGGUUUCAUUGUGCACUGGGAAUGCUGAGUCAUCACUGCUCUGUGUGUAUGUGCGUGGGCUUUUCUCGGGACUGAAAAUGAAGUCUCUGAUCCGUCAGCAUCACCUGACAAUGUGUCACUGCAGGUAUACAGCAGCAUCCCUCGUGUGGGACACCUCCAGAGGACAGAGUGCACAACAACUAUACAGGAAGGAAUACAUGAGUAACACAGAAACAUAACACAAUCCAAUAAACUGUCAGAUUAGGUUGAGCUAAAGGUUAUGAACUAGUUUGCAGAAACAAUAUGGAUUUAAAUCUUUCCCCCCGAAAAUGUCUUCUUUCUUCUGAAGUUGAAGUCAUCUGUUGUAUAUCUGCAGUGCAAACCAAGGACUUUAGAAAUACUGAGCUCUGUGUUUUGAAUGUUCCUGUGGCCCUGACUACACACACGCACACACACACGACCCACUGGGAUCCUGCCUAUAGAGUUAGAAUAAACAGAACUCACUCUGAGGUUCCAGUUUGAACUUUUGGUGGUUUUAGUUUCGACUAAAAUCAGUGCCAAACUCUGAGAAAGUAAAAAAAAAAAGUAUUUAUAAAUAAGCCAUAUAAUUACAGAGGAACCCGUAGCUGACUGUUCUUAUUAUUCUACACCUCUGGUUCUGUCUGUCACUGAUAUUACACUGAGGAGGAGGAUGUUGCCCUGCAGUCGCUGGAGUGGGAUCAGUGGAACACACAGAUCACAAAUCUGUCUGUAAGGGCAACUUCACCACAAAGGGUCCCGUUAUCAGCCGCAGGCGGCCAGAGUGGGGCCCGUUCUCAUGUGAAGCUAUUUAUCAUCAUUACAUAGUAAAAUAUUGUGUUUGUUUGAGCAAAAAAAACAGAGAAAGAGAGAGAUAUGUGUGUUGUUCUUUUUUAUUUGUAACUGGCUUUACAAGAUUAUGCUUUAAUAAAUUAUUGGAAA